AUGGACCUGGUUUCUAACUUUUUUGAGAGCAUCUUGACUGUGGAAGGCGCUGAAGCUGAACUGAAUGCAUCUUCACAUGCGCCAGAUGUCAAAAGAGCUGAGGAACCUUUAGCACGUAGUAACAAUAAGGCAAGCCCUCCUAUUUCGAAGAGAAGAAACUCGUAUGAGUUCGGAUUCUGGUCCUCUUCGAAGAAAGAUGAUGGCACCAGCUCAUUGGGCUCAAAGAAAGACGAUGUACGUUCGCCUUCAAAGUCUCAGCCAUCAGCAGCAUCAGCUGCAGCAACAGCAGCUUCCAAUUUCUACAACUCGCUAUCUUCCAGCACCAAUGGUGCUUCGUCAGCAUCAUCGUCAUCAAAUUCAUCUAAUUUGCUUGCAGAUAAGUUAAUGGAGAAAAUGAUUUCCAUGAUACUCCCGUUGAAUGCAUCAACCUCAGAGGGCCAGACUAUCUUGAAAGAGCGAAUUGAAAUGCAGAAAUCUAGACCUUCCCUCUCCGUCAAUUUGAUGAGUAAAAACUCGAUCCAAUUGAACCAGAGACUUUCCAUAGUGUUCCAGCUGUUAGAUCUGUUUAUAAAAUUCUUCCUGUGGUGCAAUCCUAACUUCACUAUUGCUCUUUUGUUGGCAGCUACGCAUGUAAUUUUGACUCCAAUAUUGUUACCUGUUUUACCCAUAGCAUAUAUCUUAUUCGAAGUUAUGGUACCUCACUAUUUGGCAAUAUACCCUCCUGACAAGUCCAUAAUAGUGUCUCAGCGACCAUUUUUCGAAUUCAACCCAGUACCAGCUGAUAAUAAACUUGAUGGCCCCGUCAUUCCAGCACCGAUUCCAGAGUUUUCACGAGAAUUCAUUUUAAAUUUAACUGACUUACAAAACUAUAUGGUACUCUAUGUAAUUGCAUUUGACUGGUUGGCAUGGCUAACGAGAGAUUAUUUAUAUUUUAAGGAUGAAAAUUUACUGUCGUUGGUGUACCUUGGAUUAUGUUUCACAAUGGUGAUGAAUUUAAUGGUCUUUCCUAAAUUGAUUCCUAUCAUAUUACCUUACAUACCGAUUCGAUUCAUCCUAAUUGUAAGUAUUUGGAUGGGCACUAUUGUUUUCCAUCCAUACUUGAGAAACAAUAUAUUAGAGUGGAUAUAUGAAGAAAAUACUAGAUUGUGGUGGUUGACUGUUCUGGAUAAAGUUGAAUUGAAGUUGAGAAAGAUAUUUGGACUUAGGCAGCAGGUGGAAGAAUUUCCUGAGUUUGAGGCAGAUGUGGAAAUCUUUGAGCUCCAGAAGUUGAACAUGAAGACCAAAGUGUGGGAGCCUGUUGGGUAUAGUCCUGAUUUCUAUUCAAUUAACAAUCCUUAUAGGAUUUUGAGUGAAAGUGUUUUUGAGGAGCUUGAAGUAGAAAAUGAAAAAGAAAUCGAUGAGGAAGAAGCAGAAGUUGAAGAUAAAAGAGAAAAUACUGUCUUAAACCACAUUGACGAUGCUGAUCUACUGAUAAAUGAAUCUACUUCAAACGAAGCAAUGGAGGCUGGAAAUUUGACUGAUGUCCAUUCUUUACCUGAUGAAGCUAUCGACAGAGACUAUAUGAUCCCUCGCGUACGACUCUUGGAAACUGUUAAGCCACCAGUUGAUUGGGAAUUCAAACAGAGAUGUUGGAAAUUGGAUUUGGAUUCAUCUGAAUGGGUUGCACAGAACUUCAUUCAAGAUGUAGUUUAUGUGGACACAGAUGAAAAAUGGGUGUACGAUAUUAUGGGUCCUGAGCAAUUUGAGCGUCAACUCCUGCAAGAAGAACAAGCUGUUGGGGACGACUUAGAACAUACUAAGCUAGAAGAUAUAAAACACGAAUUAUUUAGAAGAAGACGUUGGAUAAGGAGAUGCGGUCGUCAAAAUAAGAUUGAGAAGGAACCCUCGAAGGGUACAAAAGAUGAGGAACAACCUCACCGUCCAAAUCAAACAUUUGCAGACUAUUUGAUAUAA